ACCACCGACGCCCAUUGGCUGUGCGCGGGGAGGAGGCGUGUGCCGCGCUGGGCGAGUUUCAUUGAGCGGAAUUAGCCCGGAUGACAUCAGCUUCCCACCCCCCCGGGCGCGCCCAGCUCAUUGGCGCGGCGGCCCCUCCAGGACCCGCACAUUGUUCCCCGCCCCCGCCUCGGCCACCGCCGCCGAGAUCGCCGCAGCCACCGGCCUAUAAAAACCGGCGAAGCCCGGAAAGGUGCGGAUGCUUAUUAUAGACGGACGCGGCAGCAGCGCCCAGAGCCGGGUUCUUCGCUGCAGCUUUUGGGAACGAGCUCCUAUAAUUGCAUCCACAGAGGCGUGCGUGGAAGCUCCGAGGGCCGGGGAGGGUGGGAGGACCCUGAGAAAGGUGCGACUAUCCCUCAGGGCCAUGGACUCGGACGCCAGCCUGGUGUCCAGUCGCCCGUCGUCGCCAGAACCCGAUGACCUUUUUCUGCCGGCCCGGAGUAAGGGCAGCGGUGGCAGCGGCUUCACGGGGGGCACCGUGUCCUCAUCCACUCCGAGCGACUGUCCCCCAGAGCUAAGCGCAGAGCUGCGCGGUAAUAUGGGCGCGGCGGGCGCGCACCCCGGGGACAAGUUGAGCAGCGGCGGUUUCAAGUCAUCCUCGUCCAGCACCUCAUCGUCCACGUCGUCGGCGGCCACGUCGUCCACCAAGAAGGACAAGAAACAGAUGACGGAACCUGAGCUGCAGCAGCUACGCCUAAAGAUCAACAGCCGCGAACGCAAGCGCAUGCACGACCUCAACAUCGCAAUGGACGGGCUGCGAGAAGUCAUGCCCUACGCGCACGGCCCGUCGGUGCGUAAGCUCUCCAAGAUAGCCACGCUGCUGCUGGCGCGCAACUACAUCCUCAUGCUCACCAACUCACUGGAGGAGAUGAAGCGACUGGUGAGCGAGAUCUACGGCGGCCACCACGCCGGCUUCCAUCCAUCAGCCUGCGGCGGCCUGGCUCACUCAGCACCCCUGCCCGCCGCCACGGCGCACCCAGCGGCCGCCGCGCACGCCGCGCACCAUCCGGCGGUGCACCAUCCCAUCUUGCCUCCCGCCGCAGCCGCCGCAGCUGCUGCAGCAGCCGCCGCCGCAGUGUCCAGCGCCUCCCUGCCCGGCUCCGGGUUGUCUUCGGUGGGCACCAUUCGGCCCCCACACGGCCUGCUCAAAUCUCCGUCUGCGGCAGCGGCGGCCCCGCUGGGGGCUGGGGGCGGCGGCAGCGGGGGCAGCAGUAGCUUCCAGCACUGGGGCGGCAUGCCCUGUCCCUGCAGCAUGUGCCAGGUGCCGCCACCGCAUCACCACGUGUCGGCCAUGGGCGCCGGCAGCCUGCCGCGCCUCACCUCCGACGCCAAGUGAGCUGGCCGGCACUGGAGCAUUCUGGCGAGCUGGGGUCCCGGAGGCCGCGUGGAAGCGAGGACUGGCGGGCCCAAGGGCCUGGGAGCUUAAUUCCUAGGAGAAGCACAGGACCAUUGGCUGGGGGUGGGGGAAAAUGGUUAGGACUAUGGCACCAGGGACCGAAGCAAUGGGGGCUCAUACUGAGCAAGUGGGCAGUGAGAGGGGCGUUCGUUCCGGGACCUGAUUCAGCCCUUUCUGGCUUUAAACAACGCUGCUCCAGUAGACACUGUUUUAUACGGCGGCACUGGAAUGUGCGUGCUCCCCUCGACCCUCCCCCCCUCAACACCAGAUAAGUUUCUAAAAACUGGUUUCCCUGCGUACGAGGCUUCACGCUGCCCGGGCAGCACUUCGUUACAUCGGGGAGGGGAGGGACAGAAGCAGGGGGGACUUCCUUUCCUUCCUUCUUUCUUGAGGGUACGAGACCAGGGGAGGGGAAGACGUCGGGAUUCGCCUUCAAGGGUCGUCUCUGGACCAAGGGCAGGGGCUACAAGGUGGAUGCUGGCAUUCGGUACCAGAAGCACUUGGGGUCGCGUCCAAUCUCCAAGUCUGGGAAAAGCCACAACCGUCUGAGAACUGUUGUUGUUCCUCUCUGUCGUUCUUAUUGGUUUGGGGGUUUGUGGUUUUCUAAUAAAUCUGUCGAUGUUCCUUUUUCAACAGUACGAGCAAGCUUUAUAGACUGUCGGAAAGAACUACUUGAGGAUCGGAAUAACCUAAAACUGUCGACUUUAGGGGCUUAUUUUUUUUUCUCUUUGGUUAUUUUAAAAGAAUCUCCUCGCUCCCCAUUCUUUCCAUCUCUAAGCAAAAGUGAUGUGGUUCUCUUGCCCUAUUGGGGGCAGCCAUUGUGGUACCUAGGGGUUUGACAGAACUCAAAGUCUGUUGCUGUGAAUAUAGUUUGGGUUUUUUGGGAGUUCUGCUGACUUUUUAAUUUUUGUCUUUCUUUGAUGUGUAAAUAUCAUAUCAGUAAUGAGGUAAGUGCGUGCUGCUAAGCUGUUUGUUCACGAGACUGCCAGCCCUACCGGAGUCUAAGCCUGGUUUCCUCUAUGUUGGUUUCUUUUUGCCACGUUUAACACAAAUGACAAACUCCACGUGCUUCCUGCGUCAGCGCUAAUGCCUCGGCGCUAUGAGCGUCGCAAUGUGGGCUUCACAGCGUCUGCCACGUAAUGUCCCUUUUCCGAUCGCUGCCCCUUGCAGAGAGUGUAUCAUCUGUUUUAUUUUUGUAAAAAGAAAAAAAGUUGCUAAAUAAUAUUUAUUACUUGUUUGGUUGCAAAAACGAAAUAAAUGACCAAGUAUUGAGAUUUUAAA